UUCCUCUGUUAUAAUCAGUUUGGUGACCAAAUUAUAGAAACGGGAUAUUUUGUUUAUUGGAUAUUUGUGGUAGUGGAGAAAAAUCGGCAGUAUAAAAGGAGCAUAAGCUACUAUGGGAACACUCCCUGGUAGGAGACAAAUUAUGGAAGAGAAGAGGGCCUGAACUGUAGUGAAACAUUUUGGGACACUCCAUAUGGGUUCUUAAUGUUGAGCCUUGCUUUUCCCAAGCUGAGCAGAACAGCGGUGCGUGUGAGGAGACUGGCGGCUCAGCUCACCAAAGCAACCAUGUCCACAAACCACCAGGGCUCUAGUCCGUCCUUUGCAGCCAACGGGGAUGCUCCCACUGCAGCCAUCCUCAUCAUCGGAGAUGAGAUACUCAAGGGUCACACACUGGACACGAACAGUGCCUUUCUGACACGAGCACUAAGGAAACUUGGAGUGUCUGUGCAGCGCAUAACAGUCGUACCCGACGUACAGGAAAUCAUCGCCAAAGAGGUGGCCCUCCUUUCCCCUCAGUACACUCACCUCAUCACCUCGGGGGGCAUAGGCCCCACCCAUGACGACGUCACCUUUGAGAGCGUUGCCAUGGCGUUCCAAGAAGAGUUAUAUCCCCAUCCUGAGCUGGCGCGGCUGGUUGAGGAGUUCUUCGGAGUGGUGGAUAAGGACAGUGCUGCUAUGAAGCUGGCCAUGGUGCCUCGAUCGGCCAAUCUCAACUACGGAACGGACCCUCAGACCGGACAGCUGCUCCGAUACCCACUGGUCAGUGUGCGUAACGUGUAUAUCUUUCCUGGGAUCCCGUCUCUGAUGGAGAGGGCCUUCAAUGGUCUGGAGCACCUUUUUGCCAGUUCAGGGACCACUUUUCACACCCGUGAGGUGUUUGUGGAUGCAGAUGAAGCAGAAAUCGCCCCUGUGCUGACCAAGCUGCAGGCUGGUUGGGGCCGGAAGGUGGCUCUCGGCUCCUACCCUGACUGGCUGAGCAACUAUCACAGAGUCAGGCUGGUUCUGGACUCAGAUAGCCAGGAGGAGGUGGACAAAGCGCGGGCACAGCUGCUCGAUGAGCUGCCCAAAGGGAGCGUGGUGCCCUUGGUCACUGACCCCGUGUCCAUCGCCACCGCUGAGGUGUACACCCUGGCCAACAGCGGAACGCCGCUGGGCGAGAAAGUUACGUCUGCGCUGAAAACGAUAGAGGCUGCACUGGAUCAGUAUUCGACAGAGGAAGUCUGCGUCGGCUUCAACGGAGGCAAAGACUGCACAGCGCUGCUCCAUCUCUACUAUGCAGCACUGAAACGGCGCUAUCCAGAUGGCAAAGACAAGGUGAAAGCCCUGUAUAUCCGUAUCGUCUCUCCCUUCCCAGAAAUGGAGAGAUUCCUACAAGACACGAUUAAAAGAUAUGACUUGGAUAUAUUCUCGGUGGAGGGCAGUAUUCGCCAGGCGCUGAGCGAGGUGCAGGAGAGGAGACCGGAGCUAAAAGCCGUCCUGAUGGGGACCAGGAGGAGUGACCCCUACUCACACACACUCACAGCCAUGUGUCCCACUGACCCUGGCUGGCCUGACUACAUGAGAGUCAACCCGUUACUAGACUGGACGUAUCACGACAUCUGGUCGUUCCUGAGGACGUUAUAUGUGCCCUACUGUAUCCUCUAUGAUAAAGGGUACACCUCACUGGGCAGCAUGGACAACACCUGUCGAAACCCCUCCCUCCAGAUGGUGGACGGGAGGGGGGUGACGCGAUACAAGGCAGCCUACCUCCUGGAGAACGAAGACGAGGAGCGAAACUCCCGUGCCUGAUGAAGAAGUCUCUUUUCUCACUUGUUGCUGACGGAGCCAUGUUUUCAGAUCUCAGAUCACUCCCCCUGCACUCAUACAUAACUGUGGAAAACAAAAACACGGACAUUUUCAUUAAUUCUUCAUGUCUGCAGAAUGAGGUCUGUGUGUGUGUGUGUGUGUGUGUGUGUGUGCGUGUGUGUGUGUGUGUGUGUGUGUGCGCUAUUUGUUUAUACAUGUGAGUUUCAGCCUAAAGUAACGGCUCUCUGUGCUGUUAAAUAAAACAUUCAUCCGUCA